CUAAAUCAUGAUACACAACACUUCUUACAAAACUCACUCACACCACACUCUUCACCAAUAAGCUUAUUUCCAAUCCUUUCACAUUCAUUUCAUCUUCUUCCUAAUGACAUUCGAACGCCUUCACACUCUCCUUCUCUUUCUCCUCCUAGCGUCCACAAUUUCCCAUUUUGCCCUCGCCGGGAAGCGCAAGGUCCACAUCACCGACGACUUGGACGACGUGUUCGACGACGAGGAGGACGAUGCGUGGAAGGAAUGGGGCAAGAAACCUGAACCCUCUUUUCCCCCCUCCGAUAUUUCCAAGAUGGAUCCCUCGCAGAUUCAGGAGGAGAUGAAGAAGCGCCAUGCCGGACCCGUCAUCGGAUUCGUCAAGCUCCGGUUUGGGGUUCGCCGGACUCCGGACAUGGUAGCUGAAUUUGCCAUGAAAUGGACACAUAUUCUGAGAACUGGAGCUGUUGGAGUAAGGUUUAUGGGUGUUGAUCUGAAUACAAUCAUGUUCAACUUGGAAAGCAUCAAAUUCUUGGAGGAGUUGAAGGAAUUUGUCUUGGACCAAUCAGAGGCUUAUGAGAUUAAAAUGGGGGAUGAAUUUUUUAGAAGACCUGGAGAUCCACCUCUAGAUGAAGUUAUUGAGAAGCUCAACAGUGAGAAAGCCAAAGCAGAUAAUGCUGAUACAGAGGAAAUUAAUCAAAAUGAUAAAACGGAGUUGUAACAAUCGGUAUAGACAUAAUUCUAUAGAAGUUGAGAUAAAGCAGUUGAGUCACUCAUUUUCAAU